AUUAACUCCUCUCGGCACGCAAACCACGAGCCUCUGCCAGAUCAUCAAUCGCCAUCAUGCCUCCCAAGUUCGAUCCCAACGAGGUCAAGGUCAUCCACCUCCGUGCCACCGGUGGUGAGGUUGGUGCCUCUUCGGCCCUUGCUCCUAAGAUCGGUCCUCUUGGUCUCUCCCCCAAGAAGGUUGGUGAAGAUAUCGCCAAGGCUACCGGUGACUGGAAAGGUCUCCGUGUCACCGUCAAGUUGACCAUCCAGAACCGUCAGGCUCAGGUCUCUGUUGUUCCCACUGCCUCUUCUCUCAUCAUCAAGGCCCUCAAGGAGCCCCCGCGUGAUCGCAAGAAGGAGAAGAACAUCAAGCACAACAAGUCUAUCACCAUUGACGAGGUCAUCGAGAUUGCCCGCACCAUGCGCUACAAGUCCUUCGCCAAGGAGCUGAAGGGUAGUGUCAAGGAGAUUCUGGGAACUGCUUACUCUGUCGGCUGCCAGGUCGACGGCAAGCCCCCUCAGUCCGUCAUCGAGGCUAUCGACAACGGCGAGAUUGAGAUUCCUGAGGAGUAAAUUUGGCUGAUUCAGACCAACGUCGCGAUGAGAAGAAAUUCUCAUUUAGCGACGGCAAAUAAAUAAAAAGAAAUCAGUACAACACCAUGAUAUUUUUGCUCCACGUGAUGUUAUUGAAAUGCACUCCCACUGCGGAUUUGACACCGCUCCCCUUAGCUCACUCCGAGAUACAUCGUCACUGCUCUGUGGUGUAUUUCUAUUUUUGCUCAAGGAAGAUUGAAACAGGCCACUUACUCACCUCUAUACCCUGCUUUUCCGUGGGUAUAUUGGUCCUUCCAAUAAGGCCAACAUGCAACCCCUUUUUACCAGUUUUCUUUUCCCUUUUCGUGAUAUCAUGACUGAUACAUUCAGCUUGCUUCCGUUCACUUAUCUAGGCUUUACAUAUAAAUAAACAAAGGUUUUUCC